AUGCUGCUGAUCCUUACUCUGGCCGCCGCUAUGCUCGCCGUGCUGCUGUCACCCAUGCCGCCGCCGCCAUGCUCGUCAUGCUGCUCUCGCUGUCCCCGCUACCGCUACGCUCGCCGUGACGCUGUGGCCGGGCUGGCCGAAAAGCUGGCCGACGAAAUGGAGUUCAAAGUCCGACAAAUUGUUGACGACUACCGGGCGUAUUGGGAGGACUGCCGCGCGUAUAUGCAGUACCCGCCCCGGCUCUUCGUGAUCAUGAGAGGCCUCCCGGGCAGUGGCAUGACAACGUUUGCUCAAGAGCAUGGAGGAUCCUAUGUGUUCGACGCAAGUCGGCCUUGGGAGGCGCAUCGAAGCUGCUACGAACAAUGCAGAGAACUCCUGUGGCGCAACCCCGACCGUGGCGUGGAUAUCGUUAUCGUCGACGACUGCAACCUUCGGAUGGAUGAUUUUGAGCGCUAUCAGGAUCUGGACAUUCCCUCGGACAAGCUUGCGUACUUCAACAUCUGGAGAUACAACGAUCCGGGGGAGCCGCGCCCCGACAACGAGGUGGAGACCGUCGAUGAGCUGCAGAUCGAUAACGAGCUGACCACCGUCAAUAUACAGCGCGCCUACAUCAUCACGCUGGAAGAGUUUAUGCCGAGCGAAGGAACUGCUGUCGGUGCUGCUCGCCAGGCGCCCAUGAUGAGGAGCAAGAAAGCUGCAAAGGCGACGGACAAGCCAGCGACAAAGCCGACGAGCGUGCCCACUGACAAGUCAGCAAACGCUACCAAGACCACGCCGGCCACCGGCAAUACCAAGCAGAAGCGGAAGAAGGGGGAGGGGCCAGACACUUCGCCAACCCCCCGAUCCAACGGGACGACGCGCCAGUUGGGCGCCGCGAGUGCAUCGGAGGACGAGGUGACGACUCGCGAUGAAGAGACGACUCCCCUGGUACCCAAGCACGCGCUCCGGUCCACGUGCUUGGCUCUACAAAAGAAGAUCGCAGACGAAAAGGGCGAGCACCGGCAAGGCCCACGGCGCAAGGCAGGUGAUUACUACAAGAUGGCAGACUACCAGAAGCGUGUGAGGGCGGAGAAAUACACAGCUGCUAGGAACAGCGGCAACGACUUGGACUACGAGGCUUUGAGCAAGUUGACUCAAUUCAAGGCGUUCAAAAACAACCCAGAAGAGCUCCAGCGUCACGAGCCUGCGCUGCUGAAAGAGUUCUACGAGGUUUACUUAGCGGACGAAGCCCUGAAAGCAGACGCACACGCGCCGACCGCUGGAUCUGGUUCGUCGAAGCUAUCGCAACGUGGCGGAGCCGAGCACCUGGCGAUCGAGCAAUGCGACAUCUAG